AUGCCUUAUACAGAUCAGGAGCCAUACUCCAGUGACGGAGGAAGGCAAUUUGGAGACAAUGUCCCCGACGAUUUCAAGUACUCGGUUGACGUGGCAGCUUGCGAGUUGCCAGUUCGUCAGCUAUUCAUUCGCAAAGUCUAUUCACUAUUGACUAUUCAAUUAAUGGCUUCGGUCAUUGUCGGCUAUGUCGUUCGUUCCUCGGAUCCUAUCAAAGUGUGGACUUUGGAGAACCCAUGGGUGUUGAUUGUGUCCUUGUUUGGUGCGAUUGGAUUCAUGAUUGGUGCGUUUUUCAAAGCUAGAUCGUAUCCGAUCAAUUUGGUUCUUCUUGGAGGAUUUACAUUUUUCGAAGCGUUCAGCUUGGGAUUUGCGUGUGCGUUUGUUGAAAGUGGCAUCGUGAUUGAAGCGAUCUUGUUGACUUUGAUCAUAUUCGUGGGUUUAACCAUCUUUGCGUUCCAAACAAAGUACGAUUUUGUCAGUUGGCAAGGUACUUUGGGUAUGGUUUUGUGGGGGUUGAUUGGAUGGGGAUUCAUCAUGAUCUUCUUCCCUGGAAGCAAAUGGAUCGACAAUGUUUAUUCGCUUAUUGGCGCAUUGGUGUUUAGUAUCUACGUGAUUAUUGACACGCAAAACAUCAUGAGGACGUGUCACUUGGACGACGAGGUCAUUGCUACAAUCACGUUGUAUCUCGAUGUCGUCAACUUGUUUUUGUUUAUUUUAAGAUUACUCAACAAUAACCGAGAUGAUUAA